AUGUCUACUGCAGCACAAGGAUGCAUGGACACCUUUUCACUAUGUCUGGUAGUUUCUGAUCAAUUCGAAGCUGCUACGUGUGUGCCUCAGAAACUCGUUAAUCAGACCUUGUACACUGCGUGCGAAUGUUACCGUAAUGUCAAUAGAGAUCUGUGUUACAAUCAAUGUUCUGGCAACGCAACCCUUCAAGCAGAGCGAUUGACUACCGUGGCCGUCAUGAUCAACCAAACCUGCAGCGAGGCAGGCCUGAAUCCUCACGCUCUUCCCCAGCCUCCACCGUGGCAACGAUUUGGGUUACCUUCAUCGACUGUUGCUAGCACACCGCCCACCAAUACAGCUGGAACUGCAGGCGCACCAGUAGCAGGUACUGCCAACACUCCUGCCAAAGCAGCAGCAGCAGGUGUUCAUGAAUCUGGUGUCUGGAUGAGUGCAAUGACAGCCAGUCUGCUGUGUCUUGUCACUGCCAUCAUGGUUUAA